AUGGAUUAUGGAACAAGAUGGCUGGAAAUUGCUAAUGAACAUGUGGAACUUGCCCUCUAUUUGCAAAACGUUUAUAGAAGGCAACAAUUGCUUGAAGAAGCUGAAUUAUCCAAAGAUUACUCCAAGAACGGGGAUCUUCCCCUAAUUUCAAUAUGUUUGGAUAGUUUAUAUUUUUCGAGUCUCAAAUGUCAAGAGGAAGAGAAUGAGAGGCCACCUGCCUUUGAAGAUGAUAAGUCCAUAUUUUCAUGUGAUAUCUUAUUUGGUAUACUCGUUUGGCUACCCGUUAAGUCUUUGCUUCGUUUUCAGUCAGUUUCAAAACCAUGGAAUGCUAUAAUCUCCGACAAUGAAUUCAAGAAAACUCAUCGCGAUCAAUCUAAAGCUUUGGGCCGUGAAAAGCUGCUGCUGGAUCACAUGUGGAAGGGUGUUUUCGAGUUUAGAGACCUGGAAAGUUCACAAUUAAUUUUGAUGGAAAAGCAAAAGUUUCCUCUAAAAAACCCUGUGGCCGACAAACACUAUGUUUUGUGGAAUCCAUCUACUGGAAAAUAUCGAGCUCUUUCAUGUCCCGAUAAUCAUUUGUAUUACAAUGACAAACCUCGAAAUGUGAGUGCUUAUGGGUUGUGCUAUGAAUCUAGUGUCGGUGAUUACAAGACAACAAAAACAAGUUUCCCUUGUCCAGUACUACCAGUAGGAGGUAAUUGUGGCUCUUCGGGAAUUAGCACUGAAGGUUGUGUAUUUUGGUCUCUGAAUAGGCGAAAACCAUUUAUCGAUAAAGCUUCUACAAUCAUAUACUUUGACGUAAAGUCAAAUGAAGUGGAAAAGCUUCCAACACCUGAUCUUGUGGGUGAGAAGGACUUCUUUCGUUUGACUAGUUUGAAAGGUUGUCUUAGUUUAUAUGGCGGCAGAAUUGAAAGGAAACAAUUGGACAUAUGGAUUAUGGAACAAGAUGGAAGCUGGAAAUGA